AUGACAAGCCGCAAGCCGCGCGUGCUGCUGUGCGCCAGCGGCAGUGUGGCGGCCGUGAAGGUACCAGAGAUUGCUGUACGUCUGGCAAAGACUGCUGAGGUGUGCGUGGUGCUUACCCAGUCGGCCGACUUCUUCCUGCAGCGCGCUAAGGACUACGAUGCAACACAUUGGACCGAGUUUGUUGCAGCAACCGAGCUGACCGCUAGCGAUGCUGGUAGGAUCCAAGUUGUUCGCGAUGCGGACGAGUGGCGAGCGUGGCAGAUCAUCGGGGACAGCGUGCGGCACGUUGAGUUGAAAGAAUGGGCCGACGUGAUGCUGCUGGCCCCAAUGUCAGCGAAUACACUCGGGAAACUCGCAAACGGCUUGGCGGACAAUCUCUUGACGUGCGUCGCGCGCGCUUGGAGUAUGACCAAGCCCUUUGUGUUCGCACCUGCGAUGAAUACGGACAUGUGGAACCAUCCGAUCACAGCAAAACAGCUUCGAGUGCUGGAUGAGUUUGGCUACAAGAUCGUGCCGCCUGUAGAGAAAAACUUGGCGUGUGGUGUAGUUGGAAAUGGUGGUCUCGCACCGGUCGAUAGCAUCGUCGCCUUUGUGCUUGAACAGGUCCCUCGUGUGUCGCUUGCCACCUCAUAA